AUGUCCGGGUCGCGGUUCAGCGGCAUCGCGGUCGCGGCGGCGAACCGCAAGGCGCUCGAGCGGCAAGAGCGCGAGCGCGCGUCGUCAUCCGCGAAGAGCGCCGGCGGAGGCGCGCUGACGCACAAGGAGGCGGCGCUCCUCGCGUCGCUCCGAGAGCAGCUCAUCGUGGGCGGCGGCGACGGAGGCUUUCGCUCGGGGGGAUCGGAGGCGCCGUCAUCGCGCGCGGCGCCGGCGAAGGCGAAGGCGAAGGCGGCGGACGUCGCGGCGGCGAAGAGAGCGAGAUCGCGCGAGGUGGACGCGGACGGCGACGGGGACGCGCGCGAUGACGGAGGCGACGACGCGCGGCGGAGACCGGUUCGAUACGAUCACGCGCGGAUGAGCAGAGCGGAGCGGAAGCGCCUGAAGAAGGCGCGCGCGGCGCCGAGCGCGGAGGCGACGGAGGCGACGGAGGCGACGGGAGCGGCGGGAGCGGCGGCAGAGGCGGAGGAGAAGAGAAAGAAGAAGAAGAAGAUGAAGAAACCGAAGACGAAGGCGAACGACGACGCCGACGCGACCGAGGCGGCGGAACCGGCGACGACGACGAAGAAGCGAAGGAAAAAGCCGGGCGCGGCGACGACGAAACGUAAUAAACGCGGCGACGAGAACACGAAACAGUGGCCGCCGCCGCCGGAGUAA